CAUUGCGCAAGCUCGCAUCAUCCUUCUGCUUCCGGGUUUGAUUGCUGAAAAAUUUCUUAAUUUAUGUGUAAAGGUGAAAAUUAUGAAUUCAGCGACAGUGCCCAUACCGGUAGAAGAUGUACAAGGAGACGGUAGAUGGAUGAGCCAGCACAAUCGCUUUAUUACAGAAGGCAGGGAGAGAGAGCCAGAGGUGUUGUUUGUAGGCGAUUCUCUUAUUCAGAGAUUGGCACAAACAAAUGUAUGGGAGAGUAUGUUUGAGCCUCUACACUGUCUGAACUUUGGGAUCGGAGGCGACCAGACUCAGAAUAUCUUGUGGAGGUUGAUGAAUGGAGAGCUGGACACACUAGAAGCCAAAGUAGUGGUUGUUCUUGCUGGCACAAACAACUACAGUAACACAGCCGAGGAAGUAACGGACGGGAUCAUGGAAAUCGUAAACGUCAUACAGAACAAACAGAACAGCACACAAAUCAUCGUCAUGGGAUUACCACCCAGGGGAGAAAAACCAAACAAAUUACGAGAGAAAAAUGCAGAAAUAAAUUUUAAUUUGUCACAAAAAAUUGAAAACAUGCCUAAUGUUAGUUUCCUGAAUGUAGAAGCAUCCAUGUUUGUCCGAGAAAAUGGUCUCAUCAGCCAUACCGACAUGUAUGAUUAUCUUCAUCUUACGAAUGCAGGUUAUCAAAAACUAUGUGAACCGUUACUAGAGGAAAUUCAGAACUUACUGCAAGUGUUCAUGAAAGUAGAGAACACAUCAAUGACAAUAUCUACAACAGCAUCGGAUGUUGAUGAAGAAGAUAGCUAAACCAAGACUAUUGUGAUACUCGGACAACUGUUAUAUACAUAGGUGGAUGAUAAUAGAGGGCUUAUCAAGCUUUUGUUAUUGUUGUGGCUUAAAUAUCUACUCUGUGCAAAAAAAAAAAUGUCCCAAAAGUCCAGAUUAAUUUUAUGCAUACUUUUAAAUUAAUAUACAAUGUACAUAAAAAUUUUUCAAGGAAUAUCUAAUUUGAAAAUUAUGAAAGUCUUUGAUUGUUGAUGCAUAUUUUUGAUAUGAACCAUGAGGUACCAUAGCAAAGUUUAAGGUUUAUAUUUAUUUUUUGCAUUGUACAAGGUAUACUUCAGGGAAUUUUUUUAAUAGACUUUCUUCUGAUAUUUAUCUUUUAGGCAUUCACAUGCAAUAUGGUGUUAUUACCAUAAAUAAAAUAUAAAAAAUUUAAUUAGAAGCUGUGAAAAUUAACUCUUGCAAGUUACAUCUUUUGCUGAUAUUUUUUCUUUCCUAUUUGAGUGAUUUUUUUUUCCACUUUGAGAGAUUUUAUCUAGAAUAUGUAUUGUUAUUCUAUUAAAUCCAAAUAUUCCAAAUUUUUCAGCUUGAUCUGUUGAGAAAUAUUUGUGAGCUACAUGUAAUAUAAAUGUUACAGUUUGUUAGCAUUAUGUAUCUGUGCAAUACUAUAAGCUAUACAUUACAUGACAUUCAUUGUGGAUGGCUGGUCAGUCCUUUGUAUUCCAGUCGACAUGGGUUCCAAACCCGUCUGAGAUAUUAUUUUUGACUUGAUGCCACUUGAUUGGGUGGUUUUUUCAUGUGUAUAUAGGAAACAGUGUAAAGAUAUUAAAAUUUUCCUUUAUAAAGACAAGGUUACUAUAUUUGAAUCAUAUACAUUGUAACAUAUAUAUCUGAAAAUCGCAUUAUAAGAAAUGAAGGUAAACUGGGUCACUAUUUCAUUUUACUGUGUCUACAAUAAUUGCCGUUUAUGCUAAAUGUUGUUUUGAAAGGGAAUAUAUAUUUCAUCAGACAGUAGAAUUUUGAAAUCAUUUGUGUGAAUGGCUCUCCGUAUAAAAUAUUCUAUCAUUUCUUUUGUGGCUGGGCCUUAGUGACUAACAUUCCAGACAAAGUGCAAUAUAUUCUAAGUUCAAUAAAGUCAGGUGUGCAAUAUAUUCUAGGUUUGAUGAUGUCAGAAGUUUGGUUGUUUCUUAUUUUAUCACUGUGUUAUGAUAAUAUAUGUUAUAAAAAUGGCUUGUGAAUGACUUGUUAUGAAGUUUGUUUAAAAAAAUUGAUAUUUUUUAUUUUUAUGAUCUCAGCCGAUUAUUUUUUCUUAAUUGUUUAUUUGCUUUUUUUUCUGGUGCAUGGGAAAAAAAUUCUUCCAGAUGGCAUACAAACAAAUUUUAGUAAAAUAUUGUGCCUCAUCAAAAUUAUGAUAUAAACUGAAUAAUGAUAUUACGGUAACUUCAAUGACGGAUGUCACUGAUCGUUAUGUCUAAAAAUAAUCUACACAUUAUCUACAACUACAUGUAUUUCCAUCCAAUUAUUUGAUGAUGAUUUUUUUUAUCCAAUAAUGAGUUUUAAUCCAUGGGAAGAAGUGCUAAUUGUGAUGUCACAUCUAAUAAUACAGAAUGUUUGUGAUUCUGUGACAAUAUUGUUAUAAAAAUUAAUAUGAUAAAUGUGACCUGUGUAAUUGUAUGAUUUAACAAGGAAAUUAUAAUGUUCAAAUAUUCAAUACUCAUGCAGCAAACAUUAAUUUUGGUGGUGUAAUUGUAGCAGAUUGUCCUGGCACUGUCAACCUGAAUAAAAUUACAAGCCUAUUUGUACACUGGUACAUGUAUAUUAAUGUUUUAUGUUUACGCAAAUCUGAUAGUAAAUAUAAGUUACAGUGGUUUUGAUGUUGAUUUCUUUCUUUAAGAUCCUGAGUUGUACAGUUUAAGUAGCACUCUAUGAUUGAUUAUUUUUCAUGGAGUUGAAAUCUUUCUUAAAUCUUUCUUUAGUGGUACAUGUAACUUUUUACUUUGUAAAGCUUCUUAAAUUUGCCAGGUUUUAAUGUAGCGUUUUGUAUAUUUUGUGAUCGGAGCAAUUAUAUUUUAGGUCAAAAGUAACUACCGGUGUAACGAAUU